UAUAAAAAUAAAAAAUAAUAAUAAAUCAAGUAUUCUUUACAAUAAUUUAAAAUUUGAACUUAAUAUUAUAUUUAAUAUUUUUUAUUUACUAAUUAUAAUUGAUUUUAAUUAUAACAUUUGGGGAAAAGGCCAAACUUAGUCCGACCCGAAUAAAAAUCCAAUAGGGGCGGGUAGACCCGCAUGUCUGACGCAGCUUGCGGAAUCGAGAUCUAUCUCCCGUUUGGCCCGAGUCGACGAACCCGAGUCAACCCAAUCAAUAUCUCGCUCGGCUCAACUAUAAACGCCCGAUUUGCUGCGACUCCUUGGAGAGGGAGAGGGAGAGGAUGCCGUUGCAGAAAUAUUACUGCGACUACUGCGACAAGCAAUUCCAGGACACGCCGGCGGCCAGGAAGCGCCACCUCCAGGGCAUCCAGCACCAGAGAGCCAAAGCUCUCUGGUUCACUUCCUUUCCAGAUGCGAGUAAUCAGAUACAUCCAGAUUCCUUCGGAAAAGGCAUCUGCAAUCGCUUCGUCAGAACGGGAUCAUGCCAGUUUGGGGAUUCUUGUAAAUAUUUUCAUCCGAAGCAAAACUUGCAAAGCAUAAAUCCUCAAGGUGUGCCUGAGAAUCAACUAGCUGGAGGAGGACCUUUACAAGGUGGUACAGUUGGAGAUAGCAUGGGAAUUUCACUGGGUAAUCUCCCUCCCUCGCUAAAGCCACCUCCAGAGGGUGGAUAUCCACCUCUUCCAUUUAUUGAUUGGGGAUAGGAGCUUUGCUAGAUCGUUGAAGUUUAUUUCUGCGGAAAAAACCGUGAUAGCGCCUGAAGAUUGCAGCUUCAAGGCUACAAAUAUAACUACUUGGAGAGAAUUUCUCAAGCAAUAGGUGCUUCUGUUCGUCGAAGGUCUACAGUACCUUUUAUCAUCUUUGGCAAUCUAGAAUUCAUAUAACCAACCCCGUAUUGUGGGGGGCUAAGGCUUGAUAAAUUGCUGUUGCCUUCUCAUUAUGCUUUUGAUGUUUCUCUGGAAGCCAGGUCUCAAGACUGGUAGAAAUGAAAAAUUUAGGACAGAAGUUGAUCUAGGUUUGAUAUUUUAUUUUCUUGAUGAGUCUUUAGGUUUACUGAAUGCUUAAACAAGCCCUCCGUUUAACACUCUUGCCAGUUUCUACCGCUUCACCAUAUCCAAGUUAUUGUUUGCUUCCUUCACUUGACCAACCAUGUGCUCUUAAGUUCCCAGAAAUAGAAUUUGAACCGUAAUGUUAUUUAAGCACUUAAAUUUGACAUUUAUAUUAACACUCUGUAUUGAUAUUUUAUA